AUGGAUCCACACACUUUGUCUCUGUUUAGCACGGUGGGAACCAUCGGGUUUCUCAUCAACUCUUCCAUCAACGUCUCAAGGCGCAUCUUCGAACUCCGCGAUGUUGAGAAACAGGCCAAGGACGUGCUCGAAAUCAGCAACGGGAUGAAGAAAAUGCUUCAGCACACGCGGAGGCUCCGGCGGCAGAAAUCGCAGCUGCUCAGCACGCUGGAGAAAGACAUGAUUGACACGGAGCUGAGCCACGCCGAGAAGGCGGUCGCCAAUCUUGCCCUGCUGGUUGAGCCCGCUCGCGCCGACAUGCAUAUACACAACGGGAACGUUACCGUGGCUACACGAGGCUUGUUCGUCCUGAGAGAUUUGCCAAAGAUCACCGCCAGCCUAAGUCGACUUCAAUUUGCUUAUUACGGUCUCUGCACGGUCAUGGGAAUCCUCUGCAACCGCGGCUCGGUUCCAACAUACCCAAAGCACGAGGUGCAACCUGAGCCAAAGUAUCCGCCGCCGUCGUACGAGGACAGUCAAUUCCUGAAUAGCAAACGGCAUUCGGUAAUCUUCAAAGAGGAGCCGGUUGAACUAGGCAUCGAGAGUGCCGCGGAGAUGCGACAAGCGACCGAAAGCACACCAGUGAUUGAGGUGACGCCUGCAGUGCUUGCUGAUGGGCCAGACAUGUCCGGGCUGCAGGUGGACUGGCGUGAGCAGCCACGGUGGCAGCCUGGAUCUGAGGCCAUUGGUCAACCGCAGCACCAAACACACUCUGCAGGAAGGGCGCGAACUCCGGAUCCUGAUUCGACUUCUGGAAAUCCGGCGGCACCCCGCAGGCGGAUUGGUGGUAGGUCGCGUGGACAGAUAUGGCUCACUCACAGAGCUAGCUUUCAAGAGAUCGAGCUGUGA